UGACGGAUCAGGACUGAUUAACAUGGAUGUACAGUCGGAAAAGACUUACUAAUACAGAUGCCUUUCUUCACCACUGUAGUGGUAUCUUGGGCUACGAGCUUAUAAGACAGCAGCAGCAACAACAACAACAACAACUUCGAACAUUCGCCUCAACUUUUGGUCAAAGACCAAAUUUUCUACACCCGCUUCAGGAAUGGGAGAAUCUCAGACGAAAACGAACGGAGCAGUGGGCGUUUGAAAUUCCUCGCUUGUUACCGGCGCCUCCCGCACCCCCACCUCAAGAUGCCAGUAUAUCACUACAUCUUCAACCUCCGGUGUCUCAGCUAAAUCACCGUAGUUCUCCCUACCCUACGUAUCUAAGCUCAAUAUCUACACUUCCGACUUCCGGUCUUGGCACCGCAGGAUUUUCAUGGCCAGGUGGCUCAUUAGGAAACGGUUUUCCCAGUACUCAUGGCAACAGUAUUGCAGCUUGGACCGAAAAUGCUCCUGAAACGUCUUUGAUUUCAAAUUUACCUGGCUCAUCACAGACCGUUGAUAGAACUCCAACGUUUUGUUCCCACAACAUGAAAAACACGGAAGUUAGUGCACCAAGUAACCAUUUUACACUUCUGCCAGAGCGAGACUCCAACACCAACUUAACCCUAUCUUUCCGUCUCUCGACAAGUCCGGGAAGGAAGGAUCCAAGCUCUUUCGUAGUUCCUGAACCCAGCACUCACACCCAGUCAUUCUCUGUACAGAAUACCCGGUUUCCCAAUGAGCAAGAGUCGGUGACUAAAUAUCCCGGAGUCAGCAUUUCUAUGACAGAACUUCCCCUUCCAUCCCCAAACAACACAAUGACUCAAUUUUGUGUGAACAGUAAUUCACCUUACCCGCUUGUUAAUCAUAACUGGGGUAGUUCAUUUCCUCCUAAUUAUUAUAAUAGUAAUAGUGCUGCAGUUGGUGGAAGAUACCCGAGUUCCCCAGUGGUUUCUUCGUCAUUAAUAUGUUCCCAACUACACUCUAACGUUUCACAACCCCAGACUUCUACUCCUUCUCCCUUUCAACUAUUAGGAAAUGAUCUGAGAUCAGUUGUCGAUCCCCUCACAGUUUCUCAACAGCAGCAAGAAAGAUUUAAUCUUUUCCCUUCCAACUUUGAGAACACUGUGUCUCUUCAAACACCCCAGAAUUUUGUUCCUAGACUAGUACAAGGCUUUGAUAUUACAAAUUCUCAGUUCUCUGGACCAUCAUUUAGCCCGCCUUCUUACUACGUACGACAAAUUGCAACACCAAUUCCUUCGCAAUGCAGCCAGUUGGGCACGACAGAUUCCCAAGUAUGGCGACCAUACUAGUUAAUAUAGAUGUGUCCAUAACUGAUUUGCACAAAAAAGGUUAAGUGGGUUAGGCCUGAUUUUCACAAGAAAACACAAUAAGAGAGUUAAGCUUGAUUUGCACCAGAAAACAGAAUAAGUGCGUUAGGCCUGAGUUCCACCAAAAAAAAAAAAAAAUAAGAGCGUUAGGUUCGAUCUGCAGAAUAAGUGUGUUAAGACUAAUAUUUCUUAUCUAACGAGCACCAAAAGCCCAGAUGGGUCAAAUGUUAAUAAAUCUUGUUCAGUAUUCAUGAUUUCAGAAAAACACGAAGGUUCAAUAAAUCUUGAUACAAUAUGAUAAAAACUCUAUAAUCCAAGCGCUUCAGCCAGGCGCACCUUUCUUCUUCAGGGGCACUGAAGAAGAAGGGUCCACCUUUCGAAAGCGCUCGGAUUAUAGAGUUUUUAUCAUCUUGUUCAGUGUUAUAAUGGACAAAGAACGACUGCCAAAAAAAACAAACAAACUUGCAUUACUCUAUAAUAUCCCCUGAGUAACAAAAGUUAUAAUGUUAUCGCUAAUAUAAGUUGUUUCUUUACAUGUAAUAUUUGACGUCAGAUCAAAAGAAAUAGUCGUCAACUUUAUAUUUAGAAAAGAAAAAAAACUAUUCUUGUUAACGAAAAAGGCUCAAACUGAACCAUGUAGGGCAAUCCAGUUAUGUAUCACCAGCCACGUUGAGUCUAUAUCUAAUGUUUUAUUUUUGCAGUAAUAUGUCAACUAUGUAUAACGUUUUAAAAUAUUUUGUAGGGGUAAUUAAAUGUUUUAUGUUCUAACAAAGGAUCUUGGUUGGGAUCAUUGUAGCGCGUUCUACUUUCAAGCACAUGUUUACAUAUACCAAUUAUUAAACGAACGUUAUUUAAAAAUAAGGAUGGCGUAUUACAAAUUAAAGUAUAGACUAACAGUGGAGUUCUUAAGUUAUGACGUAAACUAGAUUUGCAGAAAACAAAGAAAAGAAGAAGAAAUAGUAUUUAUAAACGAGUUUUAUUUUGGAGAUUCAUUGUGGAAAUACAAAUAUUUUUAACAUGAAGAUUUUAUGUGAGUUUGAAUAUUUAACUUCGAGAAAAUACUACAGAUGACUAAGGAUGCGCAGGAAGAUCUUUAAACCAAAGCAAAAUGAGCUAAGAUGAAGAUAAAAAGAAAAAGAGUUAUUUCUUAAGAAGAAGUACCUUCUAUAUAUAAGCGCUCCACUCUCAUGUCUUUCUAAUGUUCAUCCACACACACAGCUUUUUGGAGUAUGAAAAAAUUGUUUUUCACUUUUACUUACUAUUCUUUUAAAAGUGUGCGUACAUAACUUCACUUGUUUAAAACCGAGGUUACAACCCCUUUUUCUCACAUCUUUUGUGAAUUGAGACUCACUUGUUAAUGUUUUCAUCUGGAUUUCUGAAUGUUCCUGAAAUAUUAAACUUUUUUUAUGAACUUCCACAAACUUAUUCUUUCUGUUCAUGAUUCGUAAGAUUUGGGGUAAAUAAAGCUAUCGUAUAAUAUUUUCAGACCUUUCUGAACUUUCUAGGAUCCCCGCUUUUGUUCUGUAUUUUAUGGAGUAAACAGGAUAUAAAAAACAAACCCAUUGUGUUUU